CGUGUCGAAAACACGUUCUGAAAUCAAAGUUUGUUAUUCAAAGUCAGCGAACAAAAUACGAAAAUAAUUUCAAAUUACAGAGAACAGAAGGGCUUUACUCUACGGAGGGCCUAAAAUGCCACAAAAAGCGUUCAGUUCUGGUGCGAAUGCCGUUCCUAUGGGAAAACUCCAUCCGGUUUUAGCAGCGAAGAGACAAGACUCUACUCAAGAUGGUGGACAAAGGCCCCCCUUGCCCUCUUCUGGUUAUAAAUCCCCAGGGCCCUUUUUACCACUUCCUCCUCCCCCUAGCGACACUCAGGAAAGGCCUCCCCUUCCAAUUCAAGCUUACCCUGAUGGAAAUAAACGUAUUGGAAAGACUCCUGAUUUUCCAGAAAAGAAGAGGAAAAAGCGAAGCCGAUGGCAGAGCGAAGAAAAGAAAAUGAUUAUACCUGGAAUGCCAAUGUGUUUACCAACUGGCAUGACUGACGAACAAAGAACAACAUAUAUAACUCACCUUAGGAUAGAAGAAAUAAGUAGACGAUUGCGGACUGGUGAUUUAGGAAUUCCUGAUAAUCCCGAAGAUAGAUCUCCAUCGCCUGAACCGAUCUAUAAUUCUGAGGGAAAGCGCCUGAACACAAGGGAGUUUAGAGUUCGUAAAAAGCUGGAAGAGGAACGGCAUACUUUAGUUCAAGAGGCAAUGACAGCAAAUUCCGAUUAUAAACCUCCUGGAGAUUAUAAGCCUCCAGCUACUCGUAUACAAGAGAAAAUCUUCAUUCCUCAAGAUAACCAUCCCCAUGUUAACUUUAUUGGUUUGUUGAUUGGACCAAGAGGUAACACUUUGAAAAAGACAGAAAAAGAAACAAACUGUAAAAUAAUGAUUCGUGGUAAAGGUUCAGUUAAGGAAGGGAAGGGACGAAAAGAUGGUCAACUGUUACCUGGUGAAGAUGAAGAACUUCAUGCUCUUGUUACUGGACAAAAUCAUGAGUCAGUGAAAAAAUGUGUUGAUUUGAUCAAGAAAAUCAUCAAGCAAGGUGUUGAUGCGCCAGAAGGUGAAAACAGUUUGAAAAAGCUACAGCUUCGUGAGCUUGCUGCAUUAAACGGUACACUUCGAGAUGAGGACAUAAUCAGAUGUAGAAAUUGCGGAUCAGUUGAACACAAACACUGGGAGUGCCCAGAGCAACCAAAUUUUACUGCUACUUUAACAUGUACCAAGUGCGGAGCGAGUGGUCAUAUUGCAGUGGAUUGUAUUGUCACUCAAAAAGAGCUAACUAACAUUUUAUCUGCACCACCACUACAGGAUAGUGCGAAGAUGGAUAGUGAGUAUAUGUCAUUGAUGGCUGAACUAGGUGAAGGACCAGAGGGAGGUGGACCCCCUGCAGUGCAGUCCCCUCCACAACCCCCUCAACAAGUGGUAGUUCCAGCACCACCACAACCAAUUCCAAGACCCUUACGUACACAAGUUCCAGGACCCAUUGGAGUUGGAAAUAUAAGACCAGGUCCUGGAGGAAAAAGUCCCACCAUGGGACGACAACUUGGGAAUAACUUGCCCCCAUGGAAUUCGACCCGACCACGUGCUCCUAAACCUCUGAUGAGCUCACCUGUACCUCCACCUCCUAACUUGAGCAGAGGUCCACCACCAAUUCCUGGAAGUUAUCCAUGGAACGCAUCAUCUCCUGGCAACCAGGGAAUGUCCGGUGGUCCACAACCAUAUGGAGUACCUGCCCCUCCAGGAAUUUCCAAUCAUCUACCUCCUCCACCUGGACAACAGAACUCUUGUCCUCCACCUCCACCUCCACCAGGUCAAAGUAACCCACCACCACCAUGGCAAAGUCAAUCAAAUCCGUGGCAGUCAUAUGGAUAUACACCUAGUUACCCUUCAUAUCCUACUCAACCUCAACCUCCACCUCCACCACCCCCAUCUUCUGAUUCUUUACCCGCACCACCUCCAUGGGCCCAGGCCUUAAUGGCAGCAUCACAGCCUCCGCCUCCACCUCCACCCAGUUAAAGGCUGACUGACAACAUAAGAAAUGUAAUAAUGUUUUAAUUCCUUAAAGAAAAUGUCAUUGUUUGUGGUCUGUCAUUUAAAUUGGGCUUGUCAUUUGAACUGUGAUGUCCAAGCUAUAAUAUUAUCUCUAUUAACUGCUUUUUAAUGUCGCACAAGAGUUGUUGAUAAUAUGGAUGAUAAAGUUUAGUUUCAUACGUAUUUAUAAUAAAAUAGAGAAUUUGCUUUGGCAAAAUUUGAAGUGCCUGUAAACCACGUGAUUUAGCUUACCGUGAAUUGCACAUAUGAUGAAUUUUUAUGCUAAAAUCUGUUUUUAAUCGUGGAGUAGUUUCAUUCGUUUUGUGGUAGUUAUUGAGGCAGAGAAAGGAAAACAGACUCUAGCUAUUUUUGGUAAGCUAAAUCCAAAUGAGACAAUUCACAAUAAAUGUCAAGUCUUUUA